GUUAUUUAGAAAUAGUACAAUCAAUUGAAAAACUAAGAUGUAUCAGCCAUCUAGCCGUUGGCCUUCACUUGCAGUUGUCUUGUUAACGUGCACGAUCGCUCAAGCGUAUGUGUACUUUGUUCCCAAUGCAAAACACCCCGAUCUCGAAGGUCACUGCUACAAUAAGGAAUGGAACAUAUCAGUUCCAAUCAAUGGGUCGCAGCAUCUUCUGGAACGUUGUGAGAAGGCGUUUUGUUCGUCCAAUUACGGGCUGCAAUUGGCUGGAUGUGGGCUCAUUGUUCCUCCUGCCGGACACAAACUAAGCGAGACGGAUUUCACGAAGCCCUACCCAGACUGUUGUCCAACGGUAGUCGAGGAUAAAACUGCAGAGGAGUAAGCUCAUUUAAUCACCUUCGAAAUCCCGACAGUUUCGUAAUGUUAGCGUCG